UGGUGCAUGACUCAGUUUUAUUAGGUACUUGGAUAAGUACUUUCAGUUUUAUCAGGAAUACAUUUGCUUUAAGGUAUUUGAGAGAAAAAAAUAACCUUAACUUGCCUAUCCACUACUUCAAAGUUUAAAAAAUGGGAUGACUGAAAGACAAUAGUUAAACUAGUGCUUAUGAGUACAACAAAUCUCAAAGGCAGCACAUGAAUGACUGAAGUUUGGGAAUUCUGGAGUCUGUCCUCUGACCUCCCUGUAUGAGAGAAGGGGUGAAAGAGAAAUGUCCCCAGUCUAUUUGUAGGAUGAGAGAGAACUGCAUCCAUUUGACCUUUGAUGAGAGAAUUGCCCCAGUGUUCCUACAGGAUGGGUGUGACCUGCCCUAGUCUGUCCUGGGAUGAGAAAGAACUUUUUCCAGUCUGCCUGGAAGCUAAGAGAACUGCACCCCUCCCACUUCUUCCAGGAGCACCAAGUGUCAGGAAAGCAGUGUUUGGAGAUUUUGGCCACUCCCUAAAUGCAGCCGCUCCCCAAAUGCGCUGCCUCAUCUUCAAAGCACAGGGACAGCAGAUCUGAGAUGAGGCCCCGGGGCUCCAGGCAUGUGCCUGGUCCUCACUGCAGUUUAUGGGGGAUCGGCUGGACGCAAGUACAAGGCAGAGGACAGUUAGGGGCACAGGGGUCCCACUGAAGGCCAGCCCCAUGCAGAGGAUGCUCUGGGGUCCUCUGUCCCUCCCCCGUGGCUGGGGUGGGGAACUGCAGUGCUAGGACCACUGGCCCUUGGCAGGUCACACAAGAAGCUUUGCUCGUCUACACCCCAGUGUGGCCUUCACACUUCAAAGAAGGCUUUGCCCCCACCCCAAAGGCCUGGGCAGUAGGAUCCUUUUUCAUUUUUGUAUUAAUGUACAAUGUACAUACAGUAAGUUGCAUCUAGUGUUCAGUUCUGACUUGAGAGACACGCACAGCCAGGUAACCAAGAUCAUGUCAAAAAAUCUUUCUUUAAAGUCCCACAAGUGACUCUAACGUGCCACCAGGGUUGGAAACCAACCCACAGAGUCUUGUCUCCUGCUUGUGGGUGGAGGGGAGCUUCCGAAGGAGGCCAGCAAAGAACCCUCCAGAGCGGGGAGGACCCAGCAUCCGGCCCCUCAGCCCUGGUGUGCAAACGGGUCAGACCGUUAGGCACAGCCUCCUUGUGGGGCGCAGGGACAGGAAGCAGGGUUUAGAGCACCUCGAGGGGGAAGGAGUGGCAAGUGCGGAGGGCAGCCCCUCCCAGGACUAGAACCCACUUCCUACUUUACACCAGCACUGGAGGAGGCUAGUGGGGCAGGGCGGGGGCGGUGGGGCCUCCCCCAGCCUUCCCUCCCCCUCUCCUUCACUGUCCUUCCAGCAGGCACAGGAAGGUGAGGCAAGGUGUUUCCAGCCGGCAGGAUGGAGGAUGAGGAAGGCCCUGAGUAUGGCAAACCUGACUUCGUGCUUUUGGACCAAGUGACCAUGGAGGACUUCAUGAGGAACCUGCAGCUCAGGUUCGAGAAGGGCCGCAUCUACACCUACAUCGGUGAGGUGCUGGUGUCCGUGAACCCCUACCAGGAGCUGCCCCUGUAUGGGCCUGAGGCCAUCGCCAGGUACCAGGGCCGCGAGCUCUAUGAGCGGCCACCCCAUCUCUAUGCUGUGGCCAACGCCGCCUACAGGGCAAUGAAGCACCGGUCCAGGGACACCUGCAUCGUCAUCUCAGGGGAGAGUGGGGCAGGGAAGACAGAAGCCAGUAAGCACAUCAUGCAGUACAUCGCUGCUGUCACCAAUCCAAGCCAGAGGGCUGAGGUGGAGAGGGUCAAGGACGUGCUGCUCAAGUCCACCUGUGUGCUGGAGGCCUUUGGUAAUGCCCGCACCAACCGCAAUCACAACUCCAGCCGCUUUGGCAAGUACAUGGACAUCAACUUCGACUUCAAGGGGGACCCGAUCGGGGGACACAUCCACAGCUACCUACUGGAGAAGUCUCGGGUCCUCAAGCAGCACGUGGGUGAAAGAAACUUCCACACCUUCUACCAAUUGCUGAGAGGCAGUGAGGACAAGCAGCUGCAUGAACUGCACUUGGAGAGAAACGCUGCUGUAUACAAUUUCACACGUCAGGGAGCAGGACUCAACAUGACUGUGCACAGUGCCUUGGACAGUGAUGAGCAGAGCCACCAGGCAGUGACUGAGGCCAUGAGGGUCAUCGGCUUCAGUCCUGAAGAGGUGGAGUCUGUGCAUCGCAUCCUAGCUGCCAUAUUGCACCUGGGAAACAUCGAGUUUGUGGAGACAGAGGAGGGUGGGCUGCAGAAGGAGGGCCUGGCAGUGGCCGAGGAGGUGCUGGUGGACCACGUGGCUGAGCUGACGGCCACACCCCGGGACCUCGUGCUCCGCUCCCUGCUGGCUCGCACAGUUGCCUCCGGAGGCAGGGAACUCAUAGAGAAGGGCCACACUGCAGCUGAGGCCAGCUAUGCCCGGGAUGCCUGUGCCAAGGCGGUGUACCAGCGGCUGUUUGAGUGGGUGGUGAACAGGAUCAACAGUGUCAUGGAACCCCGGGGCCGGGACCCUCGGCGUGAUGGCAAGGACACAGUCAUUGGCGUGCUGGACAUCUAUGGCUUCGAGGUGUUUCCCGUCAACAGUUUCGAGCAGUUCUGCAUCAACUACUGCAACGAGAAGCUGCAGCAGCUAUUCAUCCGGCUCAUCCUGAAGCAGGAGCAGGAGGAGUACGAGCGCGAGGGCAUCGCCUGGCAGAGCGUGGAGUACUUCAACAAUGCCACCAUUGUGGAUCUGGUGGAGCGGCCCCACCGUGGCAUCCUGGCCGUGCUGGACGAGGCCUGCAGCUCUGCCGGCACCAUCACUGACCGAAUCUUCCUGCAGACCCUGGACACACACCACCGCCAUCACCUACACUACACCAGCCGCCAGCUCUGCCCCACAGACAAGACCAUGGAGUUUGGCCGAGACUUCCGGAUCAAGCACUAUGCAGGGGACGUCACGUACUCCGUGGAAGGCUUCAUCGACAAGAACAGAGAUUUCCUCUUCCAGGACUUCAAGCGGCUGCUGUACAACAGUACGGACCCCACUCUACGGGCCAUGUGGCCGGACGGGCAGCAGGACAUCACAGAGGUGACCAAGCGCCCCCUCACGGCUGGCACACUCUUCAAAAACUCCAUGGUGGCCCUGGUGGAGAACCUUGCCUCCAAGGAGCCCUUCUACGUCCGCUGCAUCAAGCCCAAUGAGGACAAGGUAGCUGGGAAGCUGGACGAGAACCACUGUCGCCACCAGGUCGCAUACCUGGGGCUGCUGGAGAACGUGAGGGUCCGCAGGGCUGGCUUCGCUUCCCGCCAGCCCUACUCUCGAUUCCUGCUCAGGUACAAGAUGACCUGUGAAUACACAUGGCCCAACCACCUGCUGGGCUCCAACAAGGCAGCCGUGAGCGCUCUCCUGGAGCAGCACGGGCUGCAGGGGGAUGUGGCCUUUGGCCACAGCAAGCUGUUCAUCCGCUCACCCCGGACACUGGUCACACUGGAGCAGAGCCGAGCCCGCCUCAUCCCCAUCAUUGUGCUGCUAUUGCAGAAGGCAUGGCGGGGCACCUUGGCGAGGUGGCGCUGCCGGAGGCUGAGGGCUAUCUACACCAUCAUGCGCUGGUUCCGGAGACACAAGGUGCGGGCUCACCUGGCUGAGCUGCAGCGGCGAUUCCAGGCUGCAAGGCAGCCGCCGCUCUACGGGCGUGACCUUGUGUGGCCGCUGCCCCCUGCUGUGUUGCAGCCCUUCCAGGACACCUGCCACGCACUCUUCUGCAGGUGGCGGGCCCGGCAGCUGGUGAAGAACAUCCCCCCUUCAGACAUGGCCCAGAUCAAGGCCAAGGUGGCUGCCAUGGGGGCCCUGCAAGGGCUUCGUCAGGACUGGGGCUGCCAGCGGGCCUGGGCCCGAGACUACCUGUCCUCUGCCACUGACAAUCCCACAGCAUCAAGCCUGUUUGCUCAGCGACUAAAGACACUUCGGGACAAAGAUGGCUUCGGGGCUGUGCUCUUUUCAAGCCACGUCCGCAAGGUGAACCGCUUCCACAAGAUUCGGAACCGGGCCCUCCUGCUCACAGACCGGCACCUCUACAAGCUGGACCCUGACCGGCAGUACCGAGUGAUGCGGGCCGUGCCCCUUGAGGCGGUGACGGGGCUGAGCGUGACCAGCGGAGGAGACCAGCUGGUGGUGCUGCACGCCCGCGGCCAGGACGACCUCGUGGUGUGCCUGCACCGCUCCCGGCCGCCACUGGACAACCGCAUUGGGGAGCUGGUGGGCGUGCUGGCCGCACACUGCCAGGGGGAGGGCCGCACCCUGGAGGUUCGCGUCUCCGACUGCAUCCCACUGAGCCAGCGCGGGGUUCGGCGCCUCAUCUCCGUGGAGCCCAGGCCGGAGCAGCCAGAGCCCGAUUUCCGCUGCGCCCGCGGCUCCUUCACCCUGCUCUGGCCCAGCCGCUGAGCGCCCGCACCCGCCGCACCCCGAGGCCGCCGAUUGUCCGCCCCGCCCGCGCCGCAAAUAAACCCUCUGAGUCAGCCCUCCUA